AUGUGCGGACCGAACAGUGAGACUCGGGAACACCCUGCCUUCCCCGAUAUCUCGAGGCACCCUCAUCCAGUCACCUUAGCCAACUUCUUAGUGGAUCGCUCAGGUUCCGCACCCACCACCGGUGGCACCGGCAUCCAACGUGCGGGGCCUGCACCCCAACCAGCUCUGCCAGCCAAGCAAUCAGAUGUUUCCACAAGCCAAGAAAGAUUUUUGCCUGCGCUGGCUCCUGCUCCAAGUCCGAAUGCCCAAUCGGGAAUCGCUGUUGCCACUGCUGGUUCCCUUGCAAGCACCAACGACAUGCUGCAGGCUUUGAAGCAGAAGGCCAUAGAUAGAUCUCGUGAACAAUACAGACAAGUCAGAUCGAAGUCUGUCCCCAGAAGCGCGGGCUCAUGCCGAGGGGAUUCCGGUCGCAUUCGGCAAGGUCGACCACAGCUACCCCUGAGGAGACCUGAAAAAGUUGAUACCGAAGAGCUGAACCGGAACGUGGCUUCCAAGCUCCAACCGCUCGAGGCAGUCACGAAUUCCAUCCUGUCAGCUGUUGAGGAGCGGAAGGGCGGCGGUGGUGGCGCUCCCCUGGCAAAGGCAACCUGCAAGGACUUCGUCGUGGGUCGUGCGGCUUGCAAUGCUUCAAGUGUCGUGACGCUGUAUGCCGAUCGCCUUGAAUACAAGUUCAGCCACAGCUCCCAGGGCCGCAUCGAUAUGGUGAUGUACUUCAAAGAUAUGUUGACACCGGAGCUGGAUCGUAGGGGACUGGUAUUGAAAUUCCGCAUCGGCAAGCCGUUGCGCCACUUUAUUGACGCCUACGACUGCACCGACCCACAGCACAUCCUCUCCCUCACCUUCUAUGAAAAAGCCGACGCAUUGCAGUUUCAGGAUCUGCUCCUCUCCAGCUGUAAGGUGCCGCUGCAAAUUGUUGGCGAACAGUAGCAACGCUCGUGUACGUACCCUACUCUCAAGGCCUGUUGUAUAAUGUGGCGACUUCCAACAACGGGUUUCCUGUUCUGUUUAGGGACUGUCGGAGGUUGCAGACAACUCU